AUGACUGAGAAUUCAUAAAUCAACCAUGAGUAGAGGCUUUUCACACAGUUUAGAUUACAUAAACAUCUGAGGAAAGGAGGAGCAACAAAGCUUCUGAGGAGAUGGGCAUAAGGAGCUAUCAUGUAGAUGACAUGCCUUUCUGCUUGCAAGCUCCAGCCUUCAUUGAAUGGCUCACGCCAUCAACCUCUCCUUCUUCCUCGUCUUCUUCUUCCAUAACUCAGCAAGCUCAGUGCACAACUCCCAUACCUACCUUUUAUCAGCGACAAGAAGAAGAUCUCCUUCAGCAAAACAACCGAUGCCUACCUCUCCUAAGCAAGCUAUCUGAGACUUAUAAGCCCUUGAAAGAAGAGGCUAUAGAACUGGACAGUAUAGGUGUCAAGGAUGAGAAAUUAGAGAAGGUUACUGUGACCUUGCACAUUGGGUUACCCAACGUGGAAGAUUCUGAGACUGAGAUGAAAUCCUUAGGCUAUAAGGAAGAGGAAUCCAUGAAGAAGAACUUUGAAGGUCGUCCAUUGAGCAGUGAAAGUAGGUUUUGGAUCCCCACACCAGCUCAGAUCCUUAUUGGGCCAACCCAGUUCGCUUGCUUUAUCUGCAGCAAGACCUUCAAUAGGUAUAACAAUAUGCAGAUGCAUAUGUGGGGCCACGGUUCAGAGUAUAGAAAGGGACCAGAGUCACUCAGAGGAACACAACCAACUGCAAUGUUGAGACUCCCUUGCUAUUGUUGCGCCCAUGGCUGCAAGAACAACAUCAAUCAUCCUAGAGCCAAACCACUGAAAGACUUCAGAACUCUUCAAACUCAUUAUAAGAGAAAGCAUGGAGUGAAGCCAUUCAUGUGUAGGAAAUGUGGCAAACCAUUUGCAGUUAAGGGAGAUUGGAGAACACAUGAAAAGAACUGUGGGAAGCUAUGGUAUUGUACAUGUGGAUCAGAUUUCAAACAUAAAAGGUCACUAAAGGAUCACAUAAGAUCCUUUGGAAAGGGACAUUCUCCACACCCUUUUCAUAAAAGCUUGGCAGAAGAAAAAGAAUGCCUCACAGGAUCAGAAGAUGAAGUGGGUUCAGGGAGACCCUAGAAGUCUCUCAUUUUACUUUUCGAUCUCUUUCCUUUUGGUUAUUAGGGUUUUAGUUUUGUGAGCUUAUCUAAGCUUGUGCUCUGUAACAAAAAACUCUCGACAAGUGACUGCAGGAAACACUGAGAGAGCAGUUUGCUUUGGAGCACUGGCAGAAUGAUGAGCCAUGCAUAAUAACUUUUAGACGGUUAGGUAAGUGGCUUGGUUAGUAAAGUACUGUUGCCUUGAAGCAUAUGGUCAUGAAGUAGCUGAAUUUUCUUCAGCCUAAGGUGUCUGUAAUCUUUCAAUGGGGAAAAUUUGUCCACUUCAUUGACUAACUUAUCAUAUUAAUAUAAUAAAUGGGUUUUUCUUUCCAUCAA